AUGGCGGAGAGCGAGGCGGAGACCCCCAGCACGCCGGGCGAGUUCGAGAGCAAGUACUUCGAGUUCCACGGCGUGCGGCUGCCGCCCUUUUGCCGCGGGAAGAUGGAGGAGAUCGCCAACUUCCCGGUGCGGCCCAGCGACGUGUGGAUCGUCACCUACCCCAAGUCCGGCACCAGCUUGCUGCAGGAAGUGGUCUACUUGGUGAGCCAGGGGGCCGACCCUGAUGAGAUCGGCUUGAUGAACAUCGACGAGCAGCUCCCGGUCCUGGAAUACCCACAGCCAGGCCUGGACAUCAUCAAGGAACUGACAUCUCCCCGCCUCAUCAAAAGCCACCUCCCCUACCGCUUCCUGCCCUCCGACCUCCACAACGGCGAUUCCAAGGUCAUCUACAUGGCCCGGAACCCCAAGGACCUGGUGGUGUCUUAUUACCAGUUCCACCGCUCGCUGCGGACCAUGAGCUACCGAGGCACGUUCCAGGAGUUCUGCCGGAGGUUCAUGAACGACAAGUUGGGCUAUGGCUCCUGGUUUGAGCACGUGCAGGAGUUCUGGGAGCACCACAUGGACUCGAACGUGCUUUUCCUCAAGUACGAAGACAUGCACCGGGACCUGGUGACCAUGGUGGAGCAGCUGGCCAGGUUCCUGGGGGUGUCCUGCGACAAGGCGCAGCUGGAGUCGCUGAUCGAGCACUGCCACCAGCUGGUGGACCAGUGCUGCAACGCCGAGGCCCUGCCCGUGGGCCGGGGAAGGGUCGGGCUGUGGAAGGACAUCUUCACUGUUUCCAUGAACGAGAAGUUCGACCUGGUGUACAAGCAGAAGAUGGGGAAGUGCGACCUCACGUUCGACUUUUAUUUAUAA